AUGGAUGCCACGGAUGAGCUGCCAGUGCCAUCGCAAGUGAUUUUAAGUGAUAUAUAUAAAACGGAAAAAGAGAUCCUGGACACAAUACUCAACAAGAAUGUGUAUGACAUGAGAAUCAUUCCUCGACAGUACAACGAGUCGACCAAAACUAGUGGUCCGGUGGUGGUGCGGACCAACUCCUAUAUCCGGGGCAUUCAAUACAUCGACACACAGACCAUGACUUACAAAAUGCAGAUCACAUUCAGACUCCAAUGGCAGGACCCGAGGCUUAAGUUUGACGACUUGAACGGUCAGAUCAGAUACCUGGUCCUCAACGACAUGACCCGCAUAUGGAUUCCCGACGUCUUCUUCUCCAACUCCCUGUCCACUGAAUCGCAUACAGAUCUCGUGCCUAAUCUAUUGAUCCGUAUAUAUUCAAAUGGAAAUGGUCCCCCUCUUUCCAUAAUAGUAUAA